CCUGCCUCUAGUGGUGCGCGUUUGUUGCUGAAUAAAAUUAAUUUUUCGCUUUGCAAACAAUAUCAAAACUAUAAGAAUUACCAAUAAACUUAUUCCUCUUAAAACAGUGAAGUGAAAAAGUGCCACCAAUGGCUUCCAGGGAGAUAGUUAUUGCGUCGGACGAUUCCGAGUCUUCAGACCUGGAGGUGAAGUCUCCGGAAAAGUUGGAUCUUAAAAAGGCUAAAAAGCAUAAGAAACAUAAAAAGCACAAGAAGUCUAGCCGUGUCGAAAAGGGCGACAAACCUAAAUCCAAGAAGCAUAAAAAGCACAAACGUAAGCACCGCGAGGAGGAGGGAGAGGUCUCUGAUUCCAAUGAUGAAGAUGAAGAGAGCGGAAAGAACGGAUCAAAGAUUGACAUCCGGAAGUUGGAGCAUGCUAUCCGGGUGAAACCGAAGGAUGACGAUAGUAGACCGAAGGAUAAUGGAAAUUUGAAAGCUUCAUUAGAAAAGCGCAAGCUUUCGGUGCCGGAAAUAUCGACCGACCCUGAAAAAUUGGUCGCUAUCUUGACGCAAUCGUUGGACAAAAAUAAGCCGACUGCGGAGAAGGUAGCUCAGCUGGAUGUGGUGUCCAUCGAGAGUGACAGUGACGGAACGAUUGUGGAAGAUGCUCCCAGUCCGGAUGUUGCCGUUAUUGAAGAUGAGCUGAAUCUGGAGGAUCUAAUGCGACAAAAAGCACUGCUCCAAGCCCGAUUAGGAGAGUUUGCUUCCGAUGAAGAAGAGGAAGAGGAAGGCGAAACCCAUGAUACAUCGGAUGGUAAAUUACGCUCAGGAACGAGUGAUAAGCGGAAAAAUAAGAAGAAUGAUGACGACGUAAUUAUGAUUGAGGGUGAUUCUAGCGCUGAAGAUGUUAACCGUCUUUUAAAGAAAGCCCGCCAACGGAGUCGUUCACGAGGUCACGAGGAUUGUAAAAGAAAGACCUCUGAUUCGGAUAAGCGCAGCAGCCGAGGAGAAGUGGAAGCAAAGGUUCGUGCAAGGCAGCAGGAAGUGGAACGAGAACGGGCACGUGAUGAAAACCGGCGGCAGCGUGAGCAUGAAGAAUACAAUCGGCGAAUGGCAGAGGAACGUUAUGAACGGGAAAGGGCUCGUGAUCGCGAAAGAGAUCGUGAACGUGAAAGGGAUCGCGCCAGAGCGAGACAAAGGGAUAGAGAUCGUUCCAUGGAGCGUUACCGGGAUCGGAGGAACUCAAGGGAUCGCCGUUCGAUGGAUCGUGGAGGCAAUGGUAGGAGGUUUGGUUCACGUGAUCGUUAUCGUGGUCGCAGCCGGAGUAGGGACCGAGAUCGCGAUUGGGACCGUGAUGAUCGGGGCCGUUAUGAUCGUGAUAGAAACGAUCGCAACGGACGAGAUCGGCGAGGUGGCGCAAGGCGCAGGCCUGAGGAUGACAAAUUCAAGGACUCGUUGAGUGAAGGGCUCAAGCUGCAAAAGGAAUCUAGUAGCGAUAGCGAACUGGAGGACAUCGACAUCGACGACGAGGAGGAUGAAGAGAAAAUCAUCGAAAAGAGAAGAAAGCAACGAGAGGAGCUUUUGAAGAAACUUGGCGUCACAAACGAAGACAGCAAUCCACCCCAGGAAGCACCUAAGGCAAUCGUAGAUGAAGCCAAAGUUGAACCGAAACAAGCUCCGAAGCAUGUUCGUAACAGUAAUCAUAUCGGCAAAUCCCGCAGAAAAUCAGACGACUUUUUCGUCAUUGAAGAACCGUCCAAAGUAGAUUCCAACAAUGCUAAAGAUUCACUUGAUGAUUCUUUAACCCCACCGAUUCCAAUUACCAGAGUAAGUGCGGAGGAACGUAUAGAGUCCCGAGACGAUGAAAAAUCCAAACAGGACAGGGGAAGCAAACGUGCCGAAUGGGACAUGUUUGCCGAGCAGGAUAUUGACUCUAACUUUGAUUCACCGAGUACGGUGGUAGCCAAUAAGCAAGGCAACGAAAACCCUGCCCUGACCGACAACUGGGACGACGCUGAAGGAUACUACCGCGUGCGUAUCGGAGAGGUACUGGAUAAUCGCUACGUAGUCGCUAACUAUACGGGCCAGGGUGUGUUCAGCACCGUAGUUCGUGCGAGAGAUCAAGCUCGAGGAAAUGCGUUGGUUGCAGUCAAGAUCAUUAGGAAUAAUGAAAUAAUGCACAAAACUGGGCUCCGUGAGUUGGAAACACUGAAGAAACUCAACGACACUGAUCCUGAGGAUCGAUACCACUGUCUCCGUCUGUAUCGUCACUUUUUCCAUAAACAGCAUCUUUGCAUGGUCCUGGAACCGCUCUCUAUGAAUCUGCGAGAGGUACUUAAAAAGUACGGCAAAAACGUCGGUCUCCACAUUAAAGCUGUUCGCAGCUAUACGCAACAGCUGUUGCUGGCGCUGAAGCUGCUCAAGAAGUCUGGAAUUCUGCACGCAGAUAUCAAACCAGACAACAUCCUAGUGAACGACAACAAUCUGGUGCUGAAGUUGUGUGACUUUGGCUCGGCUUCCUCGAUCACGGAUAACGAUAUCACCCCGUAUCUGGUAUCACGGUUCUAUCGUGCUCCGGAGAUCAUUCUCGGCCUUCCGUACGACUAUGGAAUCGACAUGUGGUCUGCCGGUUGCACCAUCUAUGAAUUGUAUACUGGAAAAAUCUUAUUUAGUGGUAAAUCAAAUAAUCAAAUGCUUAAAUUUUUUAUGGAUUUAAAGGGCAAGAUACCAAACAAGAUCAUACGGAAAGGACAGUUCAAAGACCAGCAUUUCGAUCAGAACUGCAACUUCCUAUCGCACGAGAUCGACAAAAUUACGGAGCGGGAAAAAGUCGUCGUCGUUUCGGUGAUUAAACCGAACAGAGACUUACAGCAGGAAUUAAUCGCCGGUCAAAACCUUCCGGAUGACCAGAUUCGAAAGGUUUCCCAACUAAAGGAUCUACUGGACAAAGUUUUCGCCCUGGACCCGGCAAAACGAAUUUCUUUGAACCACGCAUUGGCGCAUCCCUUCAUUCAGGAUAAGAUCUAAUCAGGAUAAUCCUGCUUUAAAAGCGGUAGGACCGCCUUUGGAAGCGACGCGCUCGUACGAAGACUCAUCUUCGUAUUAUGAAAGAAUAGAUCAGUGUGUGUGAUAAGCAUAGAAGUACGCGUUGAUGAUCUCUUGUUUUUACGAUGCAAAAAUAAGAGAGGUAAACAAACUGAAACUCGUAGUUGAAAACAAAACAAAAAAUAAUAUGCAAGAUGAAACUAACUGUAGAAAAACAAUCCGUUUAAAUUAUGAUUUCAAAAUAUGUAAUUCUGUAGAAGUAUUAGUUAUUAUGUGAUUCAUUCAGCAAGUUAUUUAGAUCGUUAAAAUCAGUUUUAACCGAAUUAUCUCAACCAAAUUGCAACAAAUAGCUAAAUUAUCCUUCAAGAAAACAUUUUGUUUGACUCGAAACAAAAUAUUUCCAUUAAGUUCAAAACAAAAGCAAACAAAAUAAAAUCAACUUAUAGAACAGUAUAUCAUAGGAUCAGAAGGCGAAAACAAUUAAGAAAAAUAAAAUAGAACAUUCAUUUAACCAAAACAAACCAAACCA